AUGGGUGACUUGUGUAGAUUCUGUGAGGAGUUGGGUUAUGGUGGAGUGAAAAGGUUUUACAGUGUAGGUGAUGGGGGUGUUCCUGUAGGUGAUGGGGGUGUUCCUGUAGCUGAUAGGGGUGUUCCUGUAGGUGAUGGAGGUGUUCCUAUAGAUGAUGGAGAUGAAGGUUUGCAUGUAGGUGAUGGAGAUAAGAGUGUGCAUGUAGUUGAUGCAGAUAUGAGUAUGCUUGUACAUGAUGAAAAUGAGGUGGACCAAUCUGAAGAUGAGGACUUUUGUGCAAGUAGGGACAGUGAUAGUGGUUUUGAUGAUAUCUUUUUUGAAGAAUAUGUUGAGGCAGAGGAGUGUGUGGAAGGUCCUAAACAGAAAGAGAACCACCAACAUGAGAUUGAUGAUGAAAUGUCCACUGACAGUGCCAGUUCCAAUUCCAAGCACACAGAGGAUAACAGUCAUGAUGAUUUCUCUAGUUGCAAUGAGUCAGUUGAAGAAAAUGGGGAAAAUGAGAAUAAUGAGAGCAAUGUCUUCAGUGAGAAGCAUAUUAACAAUCCAAAGUUUGAACUUGGCCAGAAGUUUCCCUCCAAGAAGAUCUUCAAACAAGCCAUUGCUAACCAUGGAGUGCUAACCCGCAGAAGCUUGAAGUUUACCAAAAAUGAUAAAAGAAGAAUUUAUGUUAGAUCCCCAAUUCUGGGCAGUCUUCAAUUAUCUCUCUGGCUCAGCGAUUGGAAUACACACCAUGUACCAAAAUGCCUUAAAAACCCUAGAAAGAGUUCCAAUCUUUUUCGACCUUCUUCCUUAAUCCGUCUACUGAGGAGCCAAGAAAAGGAGAAGAAGAAAAAGAUCAAAGAUCGGAAGCUCAGAAUGUGGAAGCAAUUUCUCGGUAAGCUCCCCCGUAAGUCCCUGAAAUCAGAUCAAGCUUCUUCGAGAAACCCUAAUUCGGGGUCGAGCGCAUCGUCCCAUGGCUCUGACCGGGCUAACCCCAACAGCCCGGUAGCGAAACGGGCUUCUGCCGCCGUCUUUCCCUCCUGCGCGAUUGCCGGGAUCGAGCCGCUUCUGGCGUUCAAGGAUGUCCCGAGCUCGGAAAGGAUGAAUCUUUUCAUCAGCAAGCUCAGCCUCUGUUGUGUGGUGUUCGAUUUCAACGACCCGGCCAAGAACAUUCAAGAGAAGGAGCUCAAACAGACCACACUCCUCGAGCUUCUCGAAUUUGUGUCCCAAAGCCCGCCGAAAUUCUCCGAGCCUGCGGUCCUAGCAUCUUGCAAGAUGUGCUCGGUCAACCUGUUCCGUGCUUUCCCGCCCAACCGGUCCGGGAAGGGUAAUUCGGGCGAAAACGAGAAUGAGGAGGAGCCCUCAUUUGACCCCGCAUGGGCCCACUUGCAGAUAGUGUAUGACUUCUUGCUCAAGUUUGUGACCUCAUCUUCUUUGGAGACGAAAGUCGCAAAAAAGUACAUCAACCAUUCUUACAUUCUCAAAGUCAUUGAUUUGUUUGAUUCGGACGAUCCUAGGGAGAGGGACUGUCUGAAAGCAAUACUCCAUAGGAUAUAUGGGAAAUUCAUGGUUCAUAGACCCUUCAUAAGAAAAAGUUUGAGCAAUGUGUUUUAUAGGUUCGUGUUUGAAAACGAGAAACACAAUGGUAUUGCAGAGCUGUUGGAGAUUUUUGGGAGUGUAAUAACUGGUUUUGCUCUGCCUCUCAAAGAGGAGCAUAAGAUAUUUUUAUUGAGGGCACUCGUUCCUCUGCACAAGCCAAAGUCUUUGGGGGUCUACUUUCAGCAGCUUUCGUAUUGCGUGGGCCAGUUUAUUGAGAAGGAUCCUAAGCUGGCGAGCAGUGUUAUCGAAGGGCUUUUGAAGUAUUGGCCGAUCACGAAUAGUCAGAAAGAAGUGAUGUUUUUAGGCGAGUUGGAGGAGAUUCUUGAAGUGAUUAACAUGGCCGAGUUCCAAAAAGUUAUGGUCCCAUUGUUUUGUCGACUCGCACGCUGCAUAAAUAGCUAUCAUUUUCAGGUGGCUGAAAGGGCAUUGUUUCUCUGGAACAACGACCAAGUCAUUAAUCUUGUCACCCAAAACCGGCAAGUUUUACUACCCAUAAUUUUUCCCGCUCUUGAAGCCAAUACCAAAAGCCACUGGAACCAGGCAGUCCUCAACUUGACCUUAAACGUGAAGAAGAUUUUUUCGGAAAUGGAUGAUGCCCUCGUCUCGGCUUGUGUUGCCAGCUACCAUGAGGAACAAGAAAGGAAAACCACGGAAAUCGAGAAAAGGAAUGACGUUUGGGAACGUCUGGAAAAUGUUGCUGGUCAACAGCCGAUAGCUGGAAACACAGCCGUUUUGGUAUCCCACUGA